AUGGAUGCUGGAGGGAGAAAGCUUAAGAAACUCCUGUCUGGAAUCCACUCUGGAGAGAAACCUUAUGAAUGUAAACAAUGUGGAAAGACUUUCAGACAGACGAGCAAUCUUGCUGCACAUUGGAGAAUGCACACUGGAGAGAAGCCUUAUGAAUGUCAUCAAUGUGGAAGGAGUUUUAGGCUGAACUCCUAUCUUACUGCACAUCAGAGAAUCCACACUGGAGAAAAACCUUAUGAAUGUAAUCAAUGUGGAAAGGCUUUCAGAAAGUCAUCCAUACUUGUUCAACAUAACAGAAUCCACACUGGAGAGAAACCUUAUGCUUGUAAUCAAUGUGGAAAGACUUUCAGAAUCGGUUCUGUUCUCCUUAACCAUCAGAGAAUCCACACUAGUGAGAAACCUUAUAAUUGUAGUCAGUGUGGAAAGAGUUUCAAAUGUAAGCCUGGCCUUGCUUCACAUCAGAGAAUCCACACUAGUGAGAAACCUUAUAGUUGUAGUCAGUGUGGAAAACGUUUCAAAUGUAAGCCUGGCCUUGCUUCACAUCAGAGAAUCCACACUGGAGAGAGACCUUAUGAAUGUAAACAAUGUGGAAAGACUUUCAGACAGAGGGGCAAUCUUGCUGCACAUCGGAGAAUGCACACUGGAGAGAAGCCUUAUGAAUGUCAUCAAUGUGGAAGGAGUUUUAGGAUAAACUCUAGUCUUACUGCACAUCAGAGAAUCCACACAGGAGAAAAACCUUAUAAGUGUAAUCAGUGUGGACAGAGUUUCAGACAGAGUAGCACUCUUGCUGAUCAUCAGAGAAUCCACACUGGAGAAAAAUCUUAUGAAUGUAAUCAAUGUGGAAAGGCUUUCAGAAAGUCAUCCAUACUUGUUCAACAUAACAGAAUCCACACUGGAGUGAAACCUUUUGCAUGUAAUAAAUGUGGAAAGACUUUCAGACGCAAUUCUGACCUUGCUCAACAUAAGAGAAUCCACACUGGAGAGAAACCUUAUGAGUGUAAUCAAUGUGGAAAGACUUUCAGACUGAAGGGAAAUCUUGUUGUUCAUCAGAGAACUCACACUGGAGAGAAACCUUAUGAAUGUAAUCAAUGUGGAAAGACUUUCAGGCAUUACUUCAGUCUUGCUGAACAUAAGAAAAUCCACACAGGAGAGAAACCUUUUGUAACAGAACCUUUCACAGAGGCUGUCAGUUAA